AUGCAUGACUUUGCGCUCACACCGCAACUGCUUGUUUGGAUUUGGGAAGGUCGCAUCACACGAUGGAACGAUCCGAGAAUAGUGGCGGCCAAUCCUGGUGUUACACUACCGAACGCCACAGUUGCGAUUGUGGCGCACGGCGACGCCGGUGUCGAUGUGGUCGUGGCGCGGCUGCAGACACGGCUGGGGUCGUCUAUGGACGAGCCAGCGGUGGGAGAGGGAAUGCGGAUUGCCGUGGCAUCGAUGGACGAGGCCAUGACGCGAGUGAUGGCAACAGUGCACACGCUGACAGUUGUAACAUCGGAGACUGCGGUUCGGUUCACCGGCUCGGUUACGGUGGCCCGGAUGCUGCCGAUGCACGGGGCCGCGAUUGCCGUCUCGCGCCACACUGUCGAGGUGGGGGCCAACGGCAUGGACAUUAGCAAUCUUGCGGCACUGGCCUCGGGUGUCACAGACGGAUGGCCGCUGGUCUAUGCCGAAUGGCUGAUGAUCCCUCGCGACCUUAGCGACGUGAGUCACGCGCGAUGCGAGGCGAUUAAGAGCACGGUCGCCGGGGCGAUGCACCUUGUCUCGUCGCGAUUUGUUCAGGCGCAUGCAUGGGAUCACGGCCAUGUCCCGCUCCCACCGUCGAUUGUCGAGUAUGCGCUGGCGUCGCUCGAGUCCAUCAAGUGCGGAGGCACCUUUGCCGCUCCGUCUGUUGGCUCGGUACGUGGAUCUGGUAAGACCGUUGCAGCACCGCUGUAUCUCUCGACGAUGGCCCUGUUUAACGAGCUCAAGGGGCGCCAGCUACGUUACCAGAGCCACGGCUUGGGCAUGGCCGACGUAGUUGGUGGCAUCUCGGUCUUUGGCGGCGUCGACGUGGUGACCGAGACGGAUGCACAAGCCCUGGACCAGGUUGUGGUCGUUCCCGCCGCCGGCAUCAGCAUUGCACUGCCGUACACGUUGGAGCUCGGGCCGGGCGCGCCGCAAGUUGUACCGCACCUACAGCUCGACGGCACGCUGCUCGCAAACCUCUUUCUUGGCAGAGUGACGCGGUGGGACGAUGCCGCGAUUUCAUUGCUCAACCCAGGACUCGCCGGGCACCUGCCCAACGCCACGAUUUGCUUGGCGGUGCUCGACACAAGCUCGGGGACAACGUACACCCUGACGUCUGCCCUUUCGGCGCUUUCGCCCGAGUUUGGUAACCGGGUUGGCGCGGUGGCGUACGUGGCGCCGGGGCUGUGGCCGGCGGAGGACCGCGGCGGUUGCGUGGUUCGGUACGGGUCGGAAGCGGACCUUGCCAGCGGCAUUGCCAACUCGCAGAAUAUGAUCGGGGCCAGUGACUAUGCCCACGUCCGGACUCACAAUCUUGUGACGGCGCGGAUGUUCAAUGCGGCGGGGCGAGUUGUGGAGCCCGGGGUUGCCAACGUGGUGUCGGCGAUGCGCGAGGCCGACAAGCAGGCGGCAGUCAGUGAGCCGCAUUCUCUCGUGAGGAGACUCGUCAACAUGGGAGGCGAGCAGACGUGGCCGAUCUGCACGUAUGUGUAUUUUACAGUGCAGCUAGCAUCGUCGGGCGAGUGCAGCGGGGUACAUGUCUUUGCAGAGUUUUACUCAUGGCUGCUGACCUCGGAGGAUGCGCCGCUUGCGAUGGCGCGGGCAGCUGUGGCCCCGCUUCCGAACACGACGGUUGCGGACGCGCUUGCCUUGCUCGGAACGGCCACAUGCAAUGGCGUGCCUGUGUUUGGUGGCUGUUUCGGAAAAGAGUGCCGUGUGGCGCCGAGUUUAUCGCCAACGGGGCUGGUCGUGCUCUACGUGGUGCUUGGCGCUACUGGUGUGAUCUGCUGUGUUGCGGCGAUUGGGAUGGUAUGGCACUGUCGAGCGCGCGACGUUGUGUUCAAGCUGGACGUGGCCAAGGAAGUUGCCAUCGAGCUUGACGAGCUUGAGGUGUGCAGCGCAGUUGGAGCCGGCUCGUUCGGAACGGUGUACUUGGUGAAGUGGCGCGGCGCGCCAAUGGCGGUGAAGCAUGUGCACGAUCUCGACAAGGACGCGACGCGGCUGAACGCGUUUGUGAGCGAGGCAAAGAUGUUGAUGCAGCUGCGGCAUCCGUACAUUGUGCUGUUCAUGGGCAUUGUGGUGGAGCCUGCUGGACUUGUGACCGAGUACAUGCCGAACGGAUCGCUCUACUCUGCGCUGCACAACUUUGAGUAUGCGCUCGGCCGCGACCUGGUGCUCUGGUGGGCGCACUGCAUUGCGCUCGGGCUCGAUUUUCUACACUCUGCGGGAGUGGUCCAUCGCGACAUGAAGUCGCUGAACGUGCUCCUCGACGCUGGGUGGGUGCCAAAGAUCUGUGACUUUGGCCUCUCUGCGGUCAUUUCGCCCAAGUCUACAAUGGCAAGGAACGGGGACAAGAAGCGAGGCGUGGAUCGAGCGCGGUCGACGCGGCGAGGGCUGUUCGAGUCACCUUCGUUGGCAGUCUCAGACAAGGGCGACGGGCUGGACAAGACGUUGGCCUCGUCUGAUCCGUUUGAGGCGCGCAUCGUGACACAGGUGGGCUCCGGUGGUUUCAACACGCAGUCUAUUCGGAAGCGGUUUGCGCUCCGCAAGCGCGGUGCUGGAGCGAACAAAAACCUGGGCUCACUGCUGUGGACCGCGCCCGAGGUGCUGGACGACGGUGUCGCGGCGGCGAGUAGUGCAAGCGAUGUGUACGCGUUUGCAGUGACGCUGUGGGAACUGCUCUCACGAUGCGAUCCGUACUCGGGGCGGAAUCCUGUGUCCGUGGCACUGGAGGUGUCUGUUGGGCUGGCGCGGCCGAUUUUGUCGGUCAUUCCGGGCUGGGCGCACGAGUAUGUGCCGCUGCUUACGGACGGGUGGCAUCAGGACGCUAGCGAGCGGCCGACCAUGGCCGAGAUUGCGCAGCAGCUGGCGAGCAAGUACUCGCUGAGUGAGGUGGUGACGCCGUCUGUGGCAGCGCUGCCGUCGGGCCAUGUGGUGCUCGCGCGGGCAUCGCUGGUCAACGGGGCGGCGCUCCUUUUUGAGGCGCCUAAGGUUGCGGAGACGAUCCUGGGCCAGUUCCACAAUGCAAUGCGCCAGGCAGCAACGAUGGCGUCUGCGCACAUGCUGGAGACAACCCUGACCGACGUGCUGAUUGCGUUCAAGGUGGCGUCGCAGGUGGCGGUCUUUGCGCAGUACUUUCUCACCGAGUCCGAGUCUGAGCUCCUGGAGGCGACGAGGCUGGUUGUGGCGCAAGGCUCGAUUGUCUCGCGCGUGGUGCGGGGCCAGGGGGUGAUGGAUAAGCAGCUGGUGUUCUCCGGCUCGGCGGUGGAGCGACUUGUACAUGGGCUGCGGAGCAAGGCGGCGCUCCGGGGAGAACCAGGCUUGUAUGUGACACCAAGCGUUGUCAAGGAGCUCGGGGGGUGA